UAUGGAUCCGUCUCAUGAAUAUUCAGAGCUUCGAGUGGGGGAAAAGCUCGAAGUCGAACAUUUAGACCCUCGUCCGAAAAGUUCAAGAUGGAGUAAAUUAUCUUGGGCUUGUAUCUUUCUUCUGUCGUUCUUGGUUUCGUUAGUUCUCGUGGUGGGAGUCGCAAAGCUGUUAUCACGGCCAAUUCCUCCUUCACAGCUUGGUGACUUGGAAUGGCUUGUACACACAACAAGAGCUGCCGAUGGUCAAUACUUGCUUGGUGUAGGAAAGGCGGAUAUUACUGGACCUGUCGUUGAAGUCAAUUUUAUGGGCUAUGCAAGCCUCAGUCAGAUCGGCACUGGACUCCGCCAAAGGGUUUACUCACGGUCCUUCAUCAUCGGAGACCCAAACAAUGUUAAUGACCGCAUAGUAUAUAUGAUCUUGGAUACGGCAAUGGGAGAUACCGCGAUCAGAAAUGGAAUUCUCGAAGGGCUGGCAGGUUUAGGCCCAGACUAUGCAAUGUAUGGCCAGAGUAAUGUGGCUGUGGUUGGUACUCAUCAGCAUUCUGGUCCAGGUGCAUGGUUAAACUAUCUUUUGCCCCAGGUCACAAGCCUGGGCUUCAGCACCACAUCCUAUCAAGCUGUUGUCGAUGGUGCCGUUCUAUCAAUACAAAGAGCCCACGAGUCACUUACACUGGGAACUUUAGCAUAUGCCGAUACCAAUCUUACUGAUUCGCUUGAUGCAAAUAUUAAUCGGAGCCCUUACUCGUAUCUAGCAAACCCAGCAGAGGAGAGGGCGCAAUACGAAUACGAUGUCGACAAAACCCUCACCAUGUUACGUUUCCAGCGUGCAUCUGAUGGAUUGAACAUGGGUAUACUUGCGUGGCACGCUGUCCAUGGAACUUCGAUGUUGGAGAACAACACCCAUGUCACUGGCGACAACAAGGGGGUUUCUUCGUACCUCUUUGAACAGGCAGCGUUGAGUGAUCCUACUGCAGCCCCCGGUUUUGUGGCGGGGUUUUCUCAGGCCAAUGUUGGUGACACGUCGCCAAAUAUUCUAGGAGCUUGGUGUGAUGAUGGCUCUGGAGAGAUGUGUUCAUUUGAGAAUAGUACUUGCAAAGGGAUUAGUGAAACAUGCCACGGCAGAGGCCCAGAAUUUCAGAAAGUCGAUCUUGGUGUCUCCAGCUGCUACGAAAUCGGCAGAAGGGUGUUUGUUGGAGCCCGGGCACUUUAUGAUUCAUUUGAUACUGUCUCAACUCCGUUGAGCGACAGCAGUGUCAAAUCUUACCAUACAUUUCAAAAUAUGAGUUAUUACCAGUUUCCACUCCCGAAUGGAACAAUAGUGCAAACAUGCCCAGCUGCUCUAGGAUACGGUUUCGCUGGUGGUACCACUGAUGGACCAGGGGCAUUCGACUUCACGCAGAACGACAAUGAUACCAAAGCUCAGAACCCAUUCUGGGCUCUGGUAUCAGACCUCCUUACCACUCCAACCCCAGAGCAGGUUGCCUGCCAAAAACCGAAACCAAUCCUCUUGGAUGUUGGCCAAAUGAACGAGCCGUACCCCUGGACGCCUAACAUUGUUGACGUGCAAAGUUUCCGUGUCGGCCAAUUUAUCAUGAUCAUUUCCCCCAGUGAAGCAACAACUAUGACGGGCCGUCGUUGGAGGGAUGCUGUCGCCGCAGCUGCAGUGAACAAAUCUAUUACUACCACGAUUCCAAAAGUCGUUCUCGGAGGACCUGCAAAUACAUAUGCGCAUUACGCCGCCACGCCAGAGGAAUACGGUAUCCAGCGGUACGAAGGGGCUUCGACGCUCUACGGCCAAUGGGAAUCAUACGCCUACAUGUACCUCUCAACCUCCAACAUCGAGUACCUAGCAGCCGGCUCCACCUCGUCCCCUCCCCCCGGCCCCACACCACCCGACAACAGAGCCGCAUCCGAGUCCUUCAGCCUGAUCAACAAAGACAUCGUCGUCUACGACAACGCGCCUAUCGGGUCCUCUUUCGGGGACUGCACCACGGAACCCCUCCCCUCUUACAGCGUAGGCGACGUCAUCAACGCGACGUUCGUGGGCGCCAAUCCGCGCAACAACCUCCGACUUGAAGAAACGUUCGCGGCUAUCGAGAUGCUGGUCGAUGGAACCUGGAUACAGGUCAGGAACGAUGCGGAUUGGGCGUUGGUGUAUACUUGGACAAGGACGGAUACGGUGCUGGGCUAUUCGAGCGUGGUGAUUAGCUGGGAGACGGAGAACUAUACGCAGCCGGGGACCUAUAGGACGGUUUAUCAUGGCGAUAAUAAGGUCCCUGUUCUGGGGACUGUGGAGAGUUUCGUGGGGUAUAGUGGGAAUUAUACCGUUGCUUAAUGAUGUGUUGAGUUUGCCUUCUUUUUAUUUUUUUUGGGGGGGUGGGGGGAGCGCUGUUGAUCAAUAGUCGAAAUGAUAUUCUAAUGUAUGAAUUCGCUCCUUUUCCGUAGUCGGUCGUAGAGCCAAAAAAGUACUCAGGAAGAUCAACAUUUUUGCUUUUACUUGGUAACCUUCAAUUGCAUUAUACCUCAACCACCUUAUCAUCUUCAUCUUCAUCUUCACUCUCUUCUUUCUUCUCUUCUUUUUCCGUAGUCGCCCAAGUCCCGGCUCCUCCCCCAGCCUGACGACCAAACGGCUUCGGCACGCUCCCAUUCUGAGUAGCAUUCGCAGGCGCCCUCUCCAACGCCUUCAUGCCCUCGCUUACAUUCUCCUUCCCUUCCUCUCCCUCCUCAUCCCUCAUCAAAACCUGCACCAACCUCUCGCACGCCUCUCUCACGCCCUCGUCUUCAACCUGCAGAUGCG